AUGGCCGUUGCAUACAUCCCAGUUCUAUUACAAGCUCCGUAUCCAGCUGUCGUUUUCGGAUUCUUCCUCACUGGUUUCGCCAUAUCUAUUAACAUCGCGUUGACCAACACCUUCUGUUCUUCUUUGACUGAUAGCGUCCGAGCCCUGGGCGCAAUUUCUGCUUCCUACGGUCUGGGCGGAACUGUUGGCCCGCUACUUGCUACCAUCAUUGCAUCGAAGGGCAUGCAGUCAUGGGCAUGGUAUUACACUUUGCCAUUAGGCCUGGCAUUUUUCACCAUUGGAUUUUCUGCCUGGUCCUUCUGGCGAUAUGCCCAGGAACGCGAAUCGGACAAUGCGACCAACACCGAAAUGCCCACGCUUUCGGGCACUGAGCCACGGAUGCAGAUGCCGAAAUCCGUUUCAAUCCUCAAGUCGCGAACGGUACUGCUAGGAGCUUCCUUCAUUUUUGCCUAUCAAGGUGCCGAAGUUUCUAUCGCUGGUUGGGUUGUUUCGUUCCUGAUAGACAGCCGUCAGGCUGAUCCUGACACCAUUGGGUUUGUCUCAUCAGGAUUCUGGGCCGGUAUUACUGUUGGGCGAUUUCUUAUGUUUUUGUUCAAGAGCAAAGUGAACGAAAGGCUGUUCGUCUAUUUGGCAACGGUUGGCGCAGUCGUAUUCGAGUUGCUGGUAUGGCUCGUUCCCAACAUCGUUGGCCCAGCGAUCAGCGUAGCUAUUGUUGGCCUGCUGUUAGGCCCGAUUUACCCCUGCGCAAUUUCUCUCUUUAUGCAGGAUCUGCCAAGGAGUCAACGCGUCAAAUCCAUGGGCAUCAUCAGUGCUCUUGGCAGUUCCGGAGGAGCAUUCGCGCCAUUCAGCACAGGACUUCUGGCACAAGAAAAAGGAUCUUGGACACUGCACCCAAUGGCUAUUGGCUUGUUCUGUAUCAUGAUAGGUUGUUGGCUUGGCACAACUUCGAAAAGGAAGCGAGAAGAGUAG